UGAGAAGAUGAAAUAAUACUUUUAUUUAAAAGAAAAUCUUAAAUUUUGGUUAGACAUGUAAUAAGUAUGGUUUUUACAUUAUUCUUUCACAUAUCUUCUUGUUUUUAUUAAUAUCUUUAAUAGUUUUUUAAAACUCUGUAAAUACAUAUUCUUAAGAUAUUUAAAGUAAUAUCAAGUGUAUAUUUAUAUAUCUGAUGUAAGAUACAGGUUAUAAUUUUGAGAUUAUUAAUACAAUGGAUUUAUCAAAAAUUCCAAAUGAUAAAAAAUUAUAUCUUUGCAAAUGGUAUUUUAGAGCUGGAUUUGUUUUUCUACCAUUUCUUUGGGCUGUGAAUGCUAUUUGGUUUGCAAAAGAAGCUUUCGUUGAACCACAUUAUGAGGAACAAAAACAAAUUAAAAGAUAUGUAAUAUUUUCUGCAAUUGGAGCAGCUAUAUGGUCAGCUGCUCUUUUAGCAUGGAUUGUUACAUUUCAAACACAAAGAGCAGCAUGGGGUGAAUUUGCAGACUCUAUUAGUUACAUAAUUCCAACUGGCAUUCCUUGAUGUUAAAAUAUAUAUCUUUGUAUAUUAAUAAGUGAUUAUUAUAAUAUAAAUUUUUAUUGUACGAAUUAAAAUGAAAUAAGACUAUUCUUUUGUCUUGGUAUUUAAUUAAAUAAUAAUUGUCUUUAAGAUGUAAAAAAUAUAUUAUUUAUUUAGAUGUACUGAUUUUAAAUAAGAUUAAAAUUUGAUAAAACAUUCAAAUUUUAAUUAAUUAAAUAUAAUUGAACAUAAAAUGUAAUAUUUUAUACAAUUUAUAUCAUUUAUAAAAAUUUAAGUUACAAAUAAAUAUUUAAGAACUUA